AUGUCUAUCAACCCCCAUAUGACCGUCCUUGGGGCGAUCUUCCUCCUCCUCGCCAUCUCAAGCCAAAGCGCGGUCGCGUUGAAGGUUUCUUUCAUCGACCCUUGCACGGUGGCGGAUUUUCCGGCAUUGUGCAGAGGCACCAUUAAGGGUCAAACAAAUGUGAACGCAGCGACGGAUGUGGCCAUUAGAGAGCUGAUGAAGCGGACGAGGCAUGCCAAAGAAAUCGCCAAGAAAGAGAUGAAACGCGAUGGAGGAGUCGCGACUUGUUUGUCCAACUUCAAUAGCGCCUUUGAUAAUUUGGACAAGGCCCUUACGAACAUUAAGGAAAAUGAUGGCUUUAGCCUCAACAUUAAUCUUAGCGCCGCGUUGACCGACUACGAUACUUGCAGCGAUGCAAUGAAAGAAACUCGGGAGACUAAUAACGUCUUUUAUAAAUCCGCCGGGGUUUUGUACCAAAUGGCUGAUAAUUGUUUGGCACUCUCUACCCUCGUUAAACAAUGA